CACAACCCCAAUCGCCCAAUCUCUACAACCACCACCCACCCAACACACAUCUACAUAAUAGCAUCCUUGAAUUGAAAUUAAUUAGUUACAUUUGAGACUCUUGAAAAUGAGAUUCCAAUGAAAGCACCCAAACCUUAAAAAAAAGAUUUCAAUGAAAGUUAGUUUUGGGAAAAUCCUAACUUCUUGUGAGAAUUGAGAAAGGGAGGUAUGUUUCAAGAUGCCUUGCAGUGGUAAGAGGAGAGCUUACAAAUUCCAAGCCCGGCUCAAAUCUAAAUGAGAUUCCAUAUCCGAAGCCGGAAAAGCAACGAACGGAGACAAACAUGAAGUCACCACGUUUGACUGCGGUGCUAAGGGGCGAGAUGGAACCUGGUGUUCUUGAUAGUAUAAUUAAUAGGCUUCUUGAAGUUAGAGGGAGACCAGGCAAACAAGUGCAGCUCCAGGAGGCUGAGAUAAGGCAACUUUGUUUUGUAUCCAAGGAUAUUUUCUUGAGGCAGCCUAAUCUUUUGGAGCUUGAUGCUCCUAUCAAGAUUUGUGGUGAUGUCCAUGGUCAGUAUUCAGAUCUUCUGAGGCUUUUUGAGUUUGGCGGAUUACCUUCUCACUCCAACUACUUGUUCUUGGGGGAUUAUGUCGAUCGUGGGAAGCAAAGCCUUGAAACCAUAUGCCUUCUCCUUGCAUAUAAAAUAAAGUAUCCAGAGAAUUUUUUCCUUCUGAGGGGCAACCAUGAAUGUGCUUCAAUAAACCGAAUAUAUGGGUUUUUUGAUGAGUGUAAACGAAGAUUUAAUGUCAGACUCUGGAAAGUAUUUACAGAAUGUUUCAACUGCCUUCCUGUGGCAGCUCUCAUUGAUGAGAAAAUUCUCUGCAUGCAUGGCGGACUAUCUCCUGAGUUAAACAAUUUAAAUCAGAUUAAGAGUUUACAGCGACCUACUGAUGUCCCAGACAGUGGUUUGCUAUGUGAUCUCCUGUGGUCUGAUCCUAGCAAAGACAUUCAAGGUUGGGGACCAAAUGAGAGGGGAGUUUCCUUUACCUUUGGUGCUGAUAGGGUGACGGAGUUUCUUCGGAAGCAUGAUCUAGAUUUAAUUUGCCGAGCUCACCAGGUUGUCGAAGAUGGAUAUGAGUUCUUUGCCAACAGACAACUUGUGACAAUAUUUUCAGCACCUAAUUACUGUGGUGAGUUUGACAAUGCUGGGGCAAUGAUGAGCGUGGAUGAGUCUCUUAUGUGCUCUUUCCAGAUAUUGAAACCUGCUGAAAAGAAGCCAAAGUUUGGCUUUGGGAGUAGAGCUUCAGCUAAGCCGGGUACUACAAUGAAAGCCAAGUCGUUUCUUGGUGCAAUGGCGUAAGGUAUUGUGAUAGGAGAUCCUGAAGAAAAUAUCUGCUUUAGGUUGGACAUAGGUAAUAAGGUUGCAAUUUUAGUAGUCCUGAUUGCUUUCAACACAAGGGACAAACACAAAUUUAGCAAAUUCCUUCAGCUAGGAAGAGUGCAGAAGAUCUUCCGUGGAGAAUCUGCAAUCAUAUGAAGUGAGACUGUAAAACCUUCCAUGUAAGAGUGGGGAAAGUUGGAAAAAGAGUUGGGUUGAAUCAUUUCUUUCUUUUUUUUGUUAUUUGGGUCUUGCAUUUCCAUGUUAAAUAAUAACAGUUUACAGUUGUAAGACUCACUGUCAGUAUUCUCCUCUUUGUUCAAUCUGUGUAUUAACCAUAGAACGAAAAUAAAGUUGAAAGGAAAUUUGGGAUUGAA